AUGUCUCGCAGUUUGUGCGCGCUUUUGGCGAUUCUCAUCGUUCAUUCGACCAAUGCGGCACCUCAAAAUUCCCCCACCAUUGUUCCCCAAAUUCGCACAAAUGGCUUCCAACUAGAACCUCUCAACCAGGAAUACUUUCUCAGAAUCGAACAUCCGGGUGGCACUAUUCGCCAGGAAUCCGUGAAACAGAAUGAUGCCGGUCAUCUGCAAGUCAGUGGAGUGAUCAAUCAGCCCUAUGAGGAUCAGGGGGCCAACUUGGUCCUCACCUACGAGGCUGGUCCCAAUGGAUAUGUUGCUAAAUACAGCUUCGGCAAGGGUCCACCAACGCCCCCUCCUCAAACACCGCUUUUUCUCAGUCCCUCUGCCCUGAAAACCGCCGCUGGUUAG